UUAUGCAGUAAUUUGCUAUCUCAACAAGUCAAUACACACAGCAUUUUACCUCUAUGGAUACUAGAGUCUGAGUAAAACUGACGAUCAUUCCAUUAUGCAAAGAUUAGCUCUUCUGCAGUGUGGGACUGUGCCCCAUCGUGAGACACUGGCCAAGUGGCCAGUUUUAAGGUGUUCACUACGUCAGCCAAUUUGGUUUCUAAUCCAGGAUUAACCACACGCACCACGCCUGUGCAAAUCAAUUGGUUACGACAUGAAAACGAGUGCAACAACGCAGCUUCCAAACCCGUGAGCUGCAGAACCACCAGUCAUGGAUCUGCAGAAGUUAACACCGGCAACUCUGUACUUUUACUUCAUCCUUACUUUGACCAGUUCUUGCGAUGUAGUGCCAUUUUCAAGAAUGGGGAAUUUUGCAUCCUCCACAACGAGAGGAUCAACCAGUGCAGGAUGUGUAAAAUUUGUUCAUGAAUUGGUAUCCCAGAACUGCGUUGUGAUAUUUUCCAAGACCACAUGUCCGUACUGCAAAAUGGCCAAAAAUGUGUUCAACGAAAUAGGUGCCUCUUACAAGGUCAUCGAACUUGAUGAACAUGACGACGGGAGGAGACUACAAGAGGCCUUAGCUCAGAUGACCGGUGCCAGAACGGUACCGAGAGUCUUCAUUAACGGUAACUGCAUCGGCGGCGGCUCGGAUACCAAGCAGCUCCAUCAGCAGGGCAAGUUGGUGCCCCUGAUCAAUCAGUGUGCUCCCUGCCACGAUCGCAACUCGGAAGGCUCGGGGAGUGGACGCUUUGAAGCUGCACAAUGACUAACCGUUCUUUGGAUGUCUUUCAAUUAUGUAUUUAUAAAUGUUAACUAAAUUGUGCGCUCCCACCUGUAUAUUGCUGAAGACUGUUUUAAUUCCAUACAUUUUUUCAGGAGAUGAUCUCUGAACAAUAAAAAAAAAAAAUUCUUGAAAAAAUUGUAA